CGCGGCAAGCCUGACAGAGGCGCGAGGCCCUCCUCCCGCCUCUCCGCCUACUCCAGUCUCCGCCGCCUCAGCUUCCCGAGCGAGCCCUGCGGCCGCCGGAGCAGCUCCCGCGGUGGAGCAGGAGCCGGAUGGUCAGAGGAGCCCGGCAGCCCCAACAGCCGCGGAGUCGCCUGGCCCCCAGACUGACUGGCACAGUGGAGAAACCACCCCGCAAACGUAAAAGCAGGACUGAAUUUCCUCUUAAAGAAAUCAUGUCCUCUGGAGGUGCUGAAGAUGACAUCCCACAGGGAGAGAGAAAAACGGUCACAGAUUUUUGUUAUCUUCUGGAUAAAUCUAAGCAGCUGUUCAAUGGGUUAAGAGAUUUGCCACAGUAUGGACAGAAGCAGUGGCAGUCCUACUUUGGAAGAACUUUUGAUGUUUACACCAAACUCUGGAAGUUCCAGCAGCAGCAUCGACAAGUCUUGGAUAAUCGGUAUGGCCUGAAGCGGUGGCAAAUAGGGGAAAUUGCUUCUAAGAUUGGGCAGCUAUACUACCAUUAUUACUUACGCACUUCUGAGACCAGCUAUCUGAAUGAGGCCUUCUCCUUCUAUUCUGCGAUCAGACAGAGAUCAUAUUAUUCUCAAGUCAAUAAAGAGGACAGACCUGAGUUGGUAGUCAAGAAGCUUCGAUAUUAUGCAAGGUUUAUAGUAGUUUGUCUUCUUCUCAACAAAAUGGAUGUUGUGAAGGAUCUGGUAAAGGAAUUAUCAGAUGAAAUUGAGGAUUACACACACCGUUUCAAUACUGAAGAUCAAGUGGAAUGGAACUUGGUGCUCCAAGAAGUAGCAGCUUUCAUCGAGGCGGACCCUGUAAUGGUGUUAAAUGAUGAUAAUACCAUUGUUAUCACUUCUAAUCGCCUUGCUGAAACAGGAGCCCCAUUGCUGGAGCAGGGCAUGAUUGUGGGACAGUUGUCUCUGGCUGAUGCACUCAUUAUUGGUAAUUGUAAUAAUCAGGUUAAGUUCAGUGAACUAACCGUUGACAUGUUCCGGAUGUUACAAGCCCUGGAAAGGGAGCCAAUGAACUUAGCCUCUCAGAUGAACAAGCCAGGAAUGCAGGAAUCUGCUGACAAACCUACCAGACGAGAAAACCCCCAUAAAUACCUGCUCUACAAACCGACCUUCAGCCAACUGUACACAUUCUUAGCAGCAUCUUUUAAGGAGCUGCCUGCCAAUAGUGUGCUUCUGAUCUACCUGUCAGCCACUGGAGUUUUCCCCACAGGUCGUUCUGAUAGUGAAGGUCCUUAUGAUUUUGGAGGUGUACUUACUAAUAGUAACCGAGAUAUUAUAAAUGGAGAUGCUAUCCACAAACGAAAUCAAUCCCAGAAGGAAAUGCAUUGCCUUCAUCCUGGUGAUCUCUACCCUUUCACAAGGAAGCCCCUGUUUAUCAUUGUGGAUUCCUCCAACAGUGUUGCAUACAAGAACUUCACAAACUUGUUUGGACAGCCCCUAGUCUGCUUACUUUCUCCUACGGCAUAUCCAAAAGCUUUACAAGAUCAAUCUCAACGAGGUAGCCUCUUCACUCUCUUUUUGAACAAUCCUCUAAUGGCCUUCCUGUUUGUCUCUGGAUUGUCGAGCAUGCGUAGAGGUCUAUGGGAAAAGUGCCAAGAAUAUCUUCGGAAAAUCAACCGUGAUAUUGCUCAGCUACUGACCCAUUCACGUUCAAUAGAUCAGGCAUUUCUCCAGUUUUUUGGAGAUGAAUUUCUUCGCUUACUUCUCACAAGAUUUAUCUUUUGUUCAGCGACCAUGAGGAUGCACAAGAUUUUUCGGGAAACACGAAAUUACCCAGAAUCAUACCCACAGCUGCCAAGGGAUGAAACAGUGGAGAAUCCUCAUCUCCAGAAGCACAUUUUGGAAUUAGCAUCCAUUCUGGAUGUUCGAAACGUCUUCUUUGAAAAUACCAUAGAUGACUAUUAAAACACAAACCCUCUGGUUGAAACAGUUUUUCAUUUUCCACAGAUUUUAAAUGGUGCAGUUUUCUAAUGUGACAACAGAAACGUAGUGUGUUACUUAGUUUUUAUUUUUUAAUUUAGGACCACCAUUUUAAAAGCAAACAAAAAAAAAAGUUCAGACUUUUAGGGUAACUUUUAAAAUGCAGUCUUUUAAGUCUUUUAAAAAUUCAAUUGAUCUUGGAAUUUUUAUUUUUGGGUUUUGAUUACCUCCAAUAUCCAGUCCUAUACUUAGUCAUUGUUCUCACCCUGAGAAGAGUAAAUUGUGUAUUUUUGUAUAAUGAGAAAAGUCCAACUUCUGUACUUGGACCUUAAAUGUCUGGAUUUGGGAAACAUGUAAUUGUUUAUAAUGAUGAAACUGGCCAGCAUGGACUACUGAAAAGCAAGAAAAGAGUCCUUCCAUAAUAUUUCUUUUUCAUUCCAAAUUAGUAGGUAGAAAAAUGUGUGCUUCUUUUAAAUGUGAUCCAGGCAGUUCUUGAAAUCAUUGAAUACCUUUAAAUACUGUCAAAAAUUCAGAAGUGGUUUAGGAUUGAUUUGCAUGCGAAAGCUAAAUCUUUUAGUUGGGACUUGAGGUGAUAACUGAGUAUUGUGUUAUCAUGAGAUUUAUUUGCAUAUUUUGUUUUCUGUUUAAUCUUUGAAUGUUGGAAAUGAAAAAAAACAAGUUUUAAAUAUUUCAGUAAAAAAAUCAAGUUGUUGGUUUCCUAAUACAGUGUCUUUGGGAAAGACAUUAAUUUACUUACUUAAUUUAAGUAAGUAAAUUUAAGUACACUUAGUUAAUUUAAGUGCCAGGGAUGUAGCUCAGUGACACUGUGCCUGCCUUGCAAGCACAAGGUCUUGAGUUCAAUCCCCAGUACUGGAAAAAAAAUAAAAUAAUAACAGUAAUAGCUACCUCAUAGGGUUAUAACUUAAUUUAUAAGAUCAAAUUUUAAAACUGUCUGGAUUGAUAUCUGUGGCAUAUCGUUCAGUUUCUUCUUGCCUAGUUCAAAUUUAGGAGACUUCAGGGGGCCGGGGAUUUAGCUCAGUGGUUCCGCUGCCUGCCUUGCAAGCGGAAGGAUGCGAGUUCGAUCCCCGGUACCAAAAAAAAAAAAAAAAAAAAAUUUAGGAGACUUCAAAAUCAGAGAUUAAAUUUGGUUGAGGGUAACCAGAUGUUCUGAAACUUAAAGCAAAAGUUGAUUUUACACUGAUAAUUUGGGAAUAAGAUUUGUUAAAACUCCCUGUACUUAGUUAUUUUAUAUUCAUAUACAAGUUUUCUAUUAUUUUAAAUAGGCCUCAGAAUACAAGAAAAGGCUUUUUGUGUUUUAUCCUUUCAUCCCCUUCAUAGCUUCACAGGCACUAGCUAUGAAGGAUUUUUCCCCGUCUUUUGGGGGUUUUUUGGUACCAGGGAUUGAACUCGGGUCUUUGCGUUUGUGCAGCAGGCGGUGAAACCACUGAGCUAAAUCCCUGGACCCCCAUCUUUUAAUUGCACAGCAUUAAAGUUCAGAAAUCUUACCAAUCACACCUUCUCCCUAAUUUUCUGUAUAGGCUCACAUUUUAGCUGUGGCAAUCCCAGGGGAAAUGAAGUGAUUGCUCUUAGUACCUCUUUCCUGUGGUCUCUAGGGAGGUUUUACUGUAAUAUUUUUAACUUAACCUUCAUUUCUGGCCUAAAGAAUAAUGUAGGUCUAAGUUAUUCGUAUACCACCUUCAAUCUGCUAAUUUUUCAUGUGAAGUCUUGAAAUUAUUGCUCUUGGGUUCAGGGACCUUAGGGUACUUACAUUUUAAAAACUAUUAUCAUCAUUUGCUCUUUCAAGUGGUAUUUCAGGGGGCUGGGGAUUUAGCUCAGUGGCACAGCACCUGCCUGGCAAACUCGAGGUCCUGAGUUAGAUCGCCGGUACCAAAAAAAAAAAAAAAAUAUAUAUAUAUAUAUAUAUUUUCAU